AUGACCACGGACGAUACCUAUAAUGGAAGCGGUGUGGGCCGAGCGACGCUCCGUCUAAAACACCGACCAGCACCGAGAUCCCCAGCAGCCGCCGCCUUCCUCCGCGGCCCAAGGAUCGGUAGACGGCGGAGAGCUCACACUAAACUGGUGAUGGAAACCGAUCCUCGCCGUAUGACGUCGGGUCGAGAUGACGGCGCGGCGGCCGGCGAGGCGAUACGUGUAGGAGUCGCUUUAGGCGGUCGAGACGAAUGA